UGUAGUGAAACCAAACCUGUUCCAUGCCUCUCUAUAAAUAAGUCUCCACAUCCUAACCUGUAGCCUACAGCAAAGUAACAGGAGGAAAGCAUGGCAAACUCCCUCGGACUCUUCUUUGCCCUUCUUCUUCUUUGCAUCGUUCACAGAGGCCUGGGAGCAACGUGCGGUGUGUCCGACAUAGCCAUUCGACAGAGGAAGACCGGAGCGACCGUGGAAGGGAAACCGGAGUACCAGGUUUUGGUGAGCAACGAGUGCAGGUGCCCGCAGUCCAAGGUGGUGCUGCGGUGCUACGGCCUCAGCAGCGUCGAAGCCGUCAACCGCCGCGCCAUCAGAGCGGUGGACGAGGAGAGGUGCAUCGUCGCCGACGGGCGGCCGGUAACCAAGGGUACUCCUGUAAAGUUCAAGUACGCAUGGAUGACGCCCCAAGACUUCCCUGUGGUCAGCACUCUCAUCCACUGCCACUAAGGGCUGGAACGAGGUUUUCUAGCUUCCUUCUCUUUCUGAUCAUGGGAAGAAUGAUCACCUUUUCCUAUCGAGUUGGAUGUCCAACGUAGUUAAAUCCAAGAAUAAAACAUCGUCUCUCUAUAGCUACAGGAAGCUUAAACGUCGGUGUUGUGGUCGAGCUUUGCAGGAUGACUGCAUUCGAGAUCACCUCAAACAUCUCUUACCAUUACUUUUACGCUCGAACGUUGCCGUUGUUACUAUCGCUAAUCCUCUCUCCCUCAUUCUGAUGUCUCAUACAUUAAAUAGCGGACAAUUUUGACCACAGAGAAGUAGCACAAAGAACGUUACAGAUGUUAACAUCGCUAAUCUUAUCCACCACAAAAAGCUCUGUGGUGUGAUCGCACUUGUAGCCCUGGAUACAGACACUUUAGUGCUGGUCAAACACUUUUACCUGUAGAGCUCAUAGGAUGAAGAAGAAAUCCCAGAAUGUUUGGGGAAGGUGGCU